UAUUGCAGACAAGUCAACAUCUUCAUAUGAAUUCAAAUUAAUUCUUCGUGGAUCUCGAGAUGGAUUUGAAUCCGAUAUAUUUCAUGAGAUUUGUGAUAAUCAAUUAUGCACUGUAACAAUUAUUAAAGUAAAGGGUAAUAACCAAAUUCUUGGAGGAUAUAAUCCAAUUAAAUGGAAAUCUGGUCGUGGUUAUGGUGCUACUAAGGAUAGCUUUAUAUUCUCUUUUAAGGAUGGAGAUGAUAUUAAUGAUCAUAUUUUAAGUCGUGUCAUGAAUGAAAAUUGUGCUAUAUUUAACGACCGUACUUAUGGACCAUCAUUUGGUGGCGCCGAUCUUGUUUUACGGGGUAACAGUGGACAUUGUAUAAAGGAUAGUUAUGAAAAACAAAUCAGAUGUCCUUCUUCAGAAUCUGUUUUACAUUAUGGCGCAACGUGUGACUGCUGUAACUAUACUAUCCGUGGAAUGGGAUGGGAGUGUACAACCUGUGAAGAUUAUGAUUUAUGUCAUGUUUGUAAACCCAAAUCAUAUAUUCAUCAUCAUCCGAAUGAUCAUGUGUUCGAACUUAUAUCACAUUCAGAAUCUUCUGAUUGUGCUCCUCAAUUUGCUGAACAUGACGGUAUAAUGUGUAAGUGCUGCAACAAAACAAUUCAUGGAAUGAGAUGGAAGUGUACAUUUUGUAAUAAUUAUGAUUUAUGUCAAGAUUGUAAAUCCAAAUCAUCAAAUAUUCAUGAUCAUCCAAAUAAUCAUGCUUUUCAACCUAUCGCAUAUCCAGAAUUUGAAUUUGAUAUCAGUGAGCCAAAUCCUACUAUUUGUGACUAUUGUGAAUCAAGCUGCCUCCUUGCAAUAUGUCAAAAAUGUGCUAAUGGUGAAUUUUGUGUAGAAGAAUGCGAAAUAUUUCAAGUUAUAAAAAGAUAAAUUAUAUUUAGAACUUGCUGUGUAAACCUCUGCAAUUUGGAUUAAUAAGAUUAAUAAAUAAUAAAAUGUACUGAAAAAAU